CUUGCCUGACAUUAAGAUUGAACCUUAAAUCCAAAGAACAAUCAGGAAGAGGAAGGAGCUAUAGGAAUAUAUAUUUUCAUUGGAUUUCUUGAUUUCGCUCUCUGCCUUAGCUCGAACCUAAGGCAGAGAGACCUCUGCCUUGAGCCAAUAUAAAAAUGGUUUUCCAAGAUUUUGACAUAAUACACGAACGUCGAAGGCUUGAGAGACAACAGAAAUUCAGAAAGAGGAUUGCCAUUGCCGUGGUAGCAACCUUUGUCAUCAUUGGUCUAGUUGCGGCCGGAAUCUUUGUUGUUGUCUCUAGUAAUAAAAAAGAACAAGAGACUGUUGGCAACAAUAAAACACACCAAGCUCCAUCUACUAACCAGGUGUCACGGUCAGAAAAGCUCAUAAAAACUAUUUGCAAUGGUACCUCUUACAAGGAAUCAUGCGAGAACACCCUCAAGAAGGCAGUGAAAGAGCACUCUUCCACGGCUCAACCCAAAGAUCUUCUCAAGUCUUCAAUCUCAGCAACAGCUGAAGAGCUUGAUAAGGCCUUUAGCAAAGCCAGCUCAUUUCAAUUCAACUCUCCAGAGGAGAAAAAGGCGUUUAAUGUUUGUAAAGAAGUCAUGGCAAAUGCCAAGGAAGAAUUAAAGACUUCUAUUGCUAAAGUAGGAGAUAAAGAUAUAGGGAACCUAUUAUCCCACGGUGAAUUGGACAAUUGGUUAAGUGCUGUAAUUUCUUACCAAGAAACGUGCAUUGAUAGCUUCCCUGAUGGAAAAUUGAAGACAGAUUUCAAGAGUACCCUGAACUCUAGCCAGGAGCUCACCAGCAAUUCCCUUGCCAUGUCUAGAGAAUUCUCUUCAUACGUUUCUUCGGUGAUGGAGAUGCCAACGGCCAGCCGCCAUCUUUUAGAAUCUAACUCUCCUUCAGUGGGGAAGGAUGGCCUUCCUAAUUGGUUAAACCGUGAAGAACGCAGGAUGUUGAAGGCUGCAAAUGCUGAUAAGCCAACACCAAAUGUAAUUGUGGCAAAAGAUGGUAGCGGAAAAUUCAAAACAAUUUCUGAAGCACUUGCGGCCAUGCCAGAAAAAUAUGAUGGAAGGUAUGUGAUUUUUGUUAGGGCAGGAAUAUACGAGGAGACUGUACACGUAACAAAGAAAAUGGUAAACCUUACCAUUUAUGGUGAUGGAUCACAAAAGACCAUUGUCACUGGGAACAAAAAUUAUGUUGAUGGAGUUCCUACUUACCUGACAGCAACUUUUGUGGCUUCUGGUGAUGGCUUUUUGGCACAAGCUAUGGGAUUCAGAAAUACUGCUGGGCCCGAGAAGCAUCAAGCAGUGGCUGUGAGAGUUGAUGCUGAUAGGGCAAUUUUCCUCAAUUGUCGCUUUGAAGGAUACCAAGACACCUUAUACGCACAAACUCAUCGCCAGUUCUAUAGAAGCUGUGUGGUCGCUGGCACCAUAGAUUUCAUCUUUGGUGACGCAGCUGCUGUGUUCCAAAACUGCUUGAUUUACGUUAGGAAGCCCAUGGACAACCAAAAGAACAUUGUUACUGCCCAGGGGAGGAAGGACAAAUUUGAAACAACAGGAAUUGUCCUACAAAACUGUAAAAUUUUACCGGAUGUUUCAUUUACUUCGGUUAAGAGCCAAUUCAAGAGUUACCUAGGCAGGCCCUGGAAGGAGUACUCGAGGACUAUCGUAAUGGAAUCAGAGAUCGAGGAUUUAAUUGACCCUGCUGGAUGGCUAGAAUGGGAAGGCAACUUUGCACUUAGCACCCUUUUUUAUGCCGAGUACAACAAUAACGGACCUGGAGCAAAAACUGAUGCCAGGGUCAAAUGGCCAGGCGUCAAGGUUAUUAACAAGGAUGAAGCCAUGAAAUUUACCGUAGGAACUUUCUUACAAGGGACUUGGAUCAACGAAACAGGCGCUCCAGUUCGUCUGGGACUGGGGAGUUAA